AUGUCAACCUGUCAACUCAGAAUGUCUCAAUCUUUCCACCUCGUUUCGUCUGUCCCCUGCAAAGCCCCUCCCCAGAAACCUAGUAGUAAUUGUGGCUCCGACCUGGCUGUGCGCUUCGGAGCAGCAACUCUCAAUGAGUCGUCUGAGGAAGCAGCAUGCGCAGUGAGGUCGGAGCGCAAGAAGGUGAUUGUGGUUGGUGCCGGUAUCUCGGGUCUCCGUGCUGCCGCUGUGCUACGCCACCAUGGCUGUGAUGUCGUGGUCCUGGAGGCCCGCGACCGUAUUGGUGGAAGAAUCUUAACCAGUAGAAAGGGAGAUCAUGUUCGGGAUAUCGGUGCCGCCUGGAUGCACGAAACCUCCCAGAACGAUCUAGUCAAACUGAUCCCUCGUCUCAAUAUCCCCUAUUACUACGACGAUGGUCUCCCUGUCUACUUUACCCGUGAGGGACGUGCAGGCUCGCAGUUCAAAGCGAAGAAGGUCGCCGAUGAAUUUGCCGAUUAUUGUGCCUGGUACUAUGAAACAAACCCGGAUGCCGAGGAUCGCUCCGUCGACGAAUUUGCCAAGGAGUUCGCCCAGAAGCAUCAACUCAUCACCGAAGAUGAGCGUCAAUGGGCGCCUCAAGCUGUCCGCGAAAUCGAGCUGUGGAUCGGUACUAGUACCGAGGAAGCCUCGUCCAAACAUAUGGCCUACUUCAUAACGGAGCGAAAUCUCUACAUGAAGGGAGGCUACGACCAGAUUGUUAACUGGACGGCCGAACCCCUCAAGGAAGAUCCGAGCAUCGUCCGACUCGAGCAUCAUGUCGAACACGUGGAGUGGAACGAAGAUGGCGACGAGCCGGCCCGCAUCCGGUACAAGGAUGCCAACGGAACCGUGGAUACGAUCGAGGGUGACGCAGUGGUGAUGACCCUGCCGUUGGGCGUCUAUCACCACAACCUCAUCUCGUUCAACCCGCCCUUGCCGAGUGAUAUCCAAGAGGGUGUUGACAAGUUCAGCUACGGAGCCCUAGGCAAGGUGUUCUUUGAGUUCACCGACGUCUUCUGGGCAAAGGAUAAUGACCAAUUUAUCUACUACCCCUCUCCCGAAGAGGAGCCGAGGAGCGCAAGCCCCUCCGUUGCCUCCUACAGCUCUCGUGGCAGCCUGAGUUCGAUGGGAGAGCGGGAUAAUAUCCUGAACUAUGCCACAGUCACGAUCAACCUGUGGAUCAUGACCGGUGGCAAGGAGCUCUGCGUGCAGAUCGCAGAGCCCCUGACUCAACGCAUCGAAGAAAUGGAAGAUCAGAAAGAGAUCUACGAGUUCUUUGAACCGCUAUUCAAACUUUUCCGUACGGAGCCCUACAAGGCUCUGCCGCCUUUAGUUAAUGUUGAAACUACACAUUGGACCCAAGACCCGUUGGCCGGGUAUGGAACCUACUCUGCUGACAAGGUCGGAGAUAAUGCCGAACUACUUAUUGACGCACUCAAAGCCCAUGAGAAGAGUCGCAUGCAGUUUGCUGGAGAGCAUUGCACGCUCGUUGCAAAUGGCUGUGUCCAUGGUGCUUUCAGGACUGGAGAGGUGGCGGCUGUCAACCUCUUGCGUGGCUUUGGUAUUCCCAUCGAUAAGAAGGAAGUCGUCGUGAACGCUGAUUUGAGGUAA